AGAUACCUCAACGAUGAUUAUUUUGGGAUUCGUUUUCCUUCUUCUGAUUGCAAACUCGUCAUCUGAACGAGGCUUUUGUGGAACAAAACCAUACGACCCUAACUAUUACUCAUGCUGCUACGGAGAAAUCUAUCUUGGAAAAGAUAAAAAGUGUUGUGGAACAAAACCAUACGAUCCUAACUAUUUCUCAUGCUGCUACGGAGAAAUCUAUGUGGGGAAAGACAAAAAGUGUUGUGGAACUAAACCAUACGACCCUAACUAUUUCUCAUGUUGCUACGGAGAAAUCUAUGUGGGGAAAGACAAGAAGUGUUGUGGAACUAAACCAUACGACCCUAACUAUUUCUCAUGCUGCUACGGAGAAAUCUAUGUGGGGAAAGACAAAAAAUGUUGUGGAACAAAACCAUACGACCCUAACUAUUUCUCAUGCUGCAAUGGAGUAAUUCGUGUAGGCAAAGGCUUAAGCUGUUAGUUAGACAACGCAGACAAUCCUGAUAUUUU